AUGGAGAGAGUUGAUGUUUCUAACAAAGAUGAUCGUAAAAAACCUGAUGUUGUGCAGCCAGAUGUGCGGUUGAAAGCUGGGGGUUCUUUUCAGGGUUUGUCUUUCAUGCCAAGAAGAGGUACUAUUUCUUUAACCCAAUUGCAAGCUGCUGCAUCUGACCCGUUCCCCUUGCAUACUGAGGGACCGAGGAUGAUUAACAUAAUUGAUGAAUUAACGAAAGUAACUAGCUCAGUCCCAUUGGAGAAGGAGUCCACGGUGGGACAGAAUGAUACAACUAAUGGGCAAGGUAGUGUGAAGAAACCAUCUUUUGUCUCUGUAUUGAAGACAGAUGUUCAAGAGAAGGUUAAGUUCAGAUUUCUUGAAACGGAAAAUGUCAUCGAUGAUGUUGAUGUAACUAUCCCGCUGGAGUCGGUAAAGAAAGUCCAAAGCAGAUUUGAAAAUGUCAUUUACGGAUACUUCUUGGGUAAAAGGCUGGCUUUCCCCGUCGUUGAAUAUUUUGCUAAAAAUAAAUGGCAAUUGUACGGACUAGAAAAAUGCAUGAUGAACUCAAAAGGAUUUUUCUUUUUUAAGUUUUCGGACAAGGCGGGUAUGGAACAAGUGUUAACUGAGGGACCUUGGCUAAUUCGUAAUGUUCCAAUCUUCUUGAGGGCUUGGACGACUGAUGUUGAACUCAAGAAAGACGAACUUAAGCAUGUUCCUGUGUGGGUUAAAAUACAUGAUAUACCUCUAGCAGCCUAUACGGAUGACGGCUUGAGCUUACUUGCAUCCAGAAUUGGGAAACCAAUGUUCCUUGACAAAUAUACUUCCAACAUGUGCCUGGAGUCAUGGGGUAAAAGUAGUUUUGCAAGGGCUGUUAUUGAAAUUGACGCUAACCAGGAUAUGAAGGACUCCCUAAAAGUGGCUAUUCCAAACUUGGAGGGUGAGGGUGUCUCAAAGGCCACGAUUGGGGUGGAAUAUGAAUGGAAGCCGCCUAGAUGUCAUCAUUGUUGUGUGUUCGGGCAUGAGGGUGAAUCUUGUCCAAAACAUGUUAAUUUAUCCAAAGAACCAAAGUUGAAACAAAAGGUGGAUGAUGAUGGUUUCAUGGAUGCAAACAAGAAGAAAUCCUCUGGAAAUCAAAAACCGGGUAUUAUGUUGAACAAACCCAAGAAGAAAUUUGAAUACCGUGCUAUCCAAAAGCCAAGCCAGAAGCAAGACAAACCUAACCCUCACAAGGCGUCCACUUCGGCACCUGUGGUUAAUAUUAGUAACUCAUUUGCUUCUUUAGAUGAACUUCCGAAUGAAGAUGACCUCUUGAAUUCAGACGUGGAUGAAGUAUUAGAAAACAAUGAAGGGGUGGCAAAAGUAAUGACUGGUGAUGACCAGCAAACAGGGGCAAGCACUCCUGAUAUAGUGGAAUCUCAUAUUCAUGUCUCUAAUCUUAACAAGAUUUGUUCCAGUAUUAGAAGCACGUGGAACUGGACUUCUAACGGGAGUCUGUGUAGCAAAGGUACGCGGAUUAUUCUGGGAUGGGAUAGUAAUAUAGUUGAUAUCAUGACCUUGGCUCAAUCUGAUCAGGUCAUGCACACCCAAGUUCACUUCAAAAAUAGUAAGAAAAUAAUGUUUUGCUCGUUUGUUUACGCGAAGAACUCUUACAUAGAGAGACGAGAAUUAUGGGAUAGCUUGAAAAUUCAUAAGGCCUUCGCUCACGAUAAACCAUGGGUCAUUCUGGGUGAUUUUAAUGCAGCUUUAUAUUUGGAAGAUAAAUCCAUGGGCUCUUCUCUAAUUGACAUUAAUAUGAGAGAAUUUAAAUCGUGUGUUGAAGAUAUUGAAGUUGUUGAUGUAAAUCGUUCGGGUUGCCACUUCACAUGGAACCAGAAGCCAAAGCAGGGUAUUGGAGUUCUCAAAAAAAUUGAUCGAAUCAUGGCCAAUGUUCCUUUUAUUCAGAUGUUUCCAGAAGCUGUAGCUGUCUUCCAACCGUAUCGAGUAUCGGAUCAUUGCCCUUGCAUCCUUAAAAAUCCUAGAUCGGUCUCUCACAAACCCAAACCUUUCAAGUUUCCAAACUUUCUGGUAUUCAAGAAGGAUUUUCCAGUUAUUGUUAAGAAGACUUGGGAGCAGCAAUUUUUGGGUAUUAAAAUGUUACAAGUGGUUAAGAAACUGAGAGUUCUCAAGAAGCCUUUGCGAUCUUUACUGGCUAAACAAGGGAAUAUCCAUGAGAAAGUUAAAGGGCUGCGAAAGGAGUUAGAUGAAAUUCAACUACGCAUUGAUGCUAACCCUUCGGACUCGGAGCUGAGAAGUUUAGAAUCGAAGUGUUUGAAAGAAUUUCAAGAUGCCGCUUUGGAUGAAGAAAGGUUUCUAAAGCAGAAAUCAAAAGUUAAAUGGCUGGAGGUUGGUGAUUCUAAUUCUGCAUUUUUUCACAACACUGUCAAAUGCAAAAACCAUUUUAGUAGAAUUGAUGUUAUAAAAGAUGCCAAUGGUAUUACUUUUGAGGGAAGCGACGUUGGUAAGGCUCUGGUUACUCACUACGAGUCGUUUUUUGGCCAAAGGGGUAUUAUUAAUUGUUUGCCUACUAGUGACCUUUUCCGGCAUAAGAUUGAUGAAAAUAUAGCUCAUCACAUGGUUCGUGCAUUCUCUAAUGAGGAUAUUAAGGCAGCUAUGUUCUCUAUUGGUUCUUUAAAGGCUCCAGGUCCGGAUGGAUAUUCAUCAGAUUUUUUCAAGCAUACUUGGCAUAUUAUCGGUGAUGACAUAUGUGGUGCAGUUCAGGAAUUUUUCCAGUCGGGUAAAAUCCUUAAGGAAAUAAACCAUACUUUUUUGGCUUUAAUUCCUAAAGUUCCGACUCCUGAUACUGUGUCUGACUUCAGGCCCAUCGCUUGCUGUAAUGUAAUCUACAAAUGCAUUAGUAAGCUUAUCACAACUAGAAUUUUGGAGGGAUUGAACGGUGUAGUUAGUUUGAACCAAUCGGCUUUUAUUCCAGGGAGAUGCAUAUCUGACAAUAUCUUACUUACCCAGGAAUUACUUCAUAAUUAUCACCGGGAUUAUGGGCCCCCUCGCUGCGCGUUCAAAGUAGAUAUUCAAAAAGCAUAUGACACGGUUGAUUGGGUUUUCUUGGAGGCCAUUCUUAAGGGGUUUGGGUUUCACCCAACCAUGGUUGAAUGGAUUAUGGUAUGUGUCUCUUCUACCUCUUUCUCUAUCUGUGUUAAUGGAAACGUUUAUGGUUAUUUCAAAGGGAGGAGAGGUCUAAGGCAAGGUGAUCCGAUGUCCCCAUACCUCUUCACUCUAGUCAUGGAAAUCUUGACAUCCAUUUUGCACAAUGCAUCGACUAUAGAUUCCUCAUUCAGAUUCCAUAACCGGUGUGUCAAGCAGAGGAUUAUAAAUCUUUGUUUUGCGGACGACCUUUUGUUAUUUGCUAGAGGGGAAGUUGCUUCAGUCAAAACAAUCAUGAGCUCUCUCAACCGAUUUAAAGACAUGUCGGGAUUGCAUCCUAGUCUUGCUAAAAGUACUAUCUUUAUGUGCAAUAUUGAUAGGAGAACUAAACGGAGGAUUCUACGUAUAGUGCCGUUUCAGCAAGGAGAAUUCCCUAUUCGGUAUUUGGGAGUCCCUCUUAUUACCACUAAACUAUCUUAUAAAGAUUGCAGGGUCUUGUCCGAUAGACUGGAAAGCCGUAUCACCAAUUGGAAAAACAAGACGCUAUCCUUUGCGGGGCGGUUGCAAUUAAUUCUUUCAGUUCUAUCGGCGAUGAGUACUUACUGGGCUUCUGUGUUUACUCUGCCAGCUAGAACUAUCAAAGAGCUUGAGCAAAAAAUGAGAGGUUUCCUUUGGUGCCAAGGUCCGCUGAUGAAAGGUAAAGCGAAAGUCUCUUGGAACUCGGUUUGCAUGCCUAAAGCCGAAGGUGGGUUGGGUAUUCGAAGGUUAAACGAUAUGAAUAUCAGCCUUAUGACUAAGCAUAUCAACAGCAUUCUUUCAGGUAGACAAUCUUUGUGGGUGGACUGGGUAAAAAUCCAUCUCUUAAAGGAUAGGAAUUUUUGGGACAUCCCGAUUCCGAGUAUUUGUAGUUGGGGGUGGAGAAACCUCUUGAAAGGCAGAGUUCAUGUUCAACGUUUCUUCUGGACCAAAAUAGGAGAUGGUAUGGCCACUUCAGCUUGGUAUGAUUCGUGGUGUGAGCUGUGUCCGUUGGGAAAUCUUAUCUCUCCUUCGAUGAUGAGACAGGCAGGGCUAUCUAUCCAUUCGAAAGUUGCUGAUCUUAUCUCGGAAGGUAAUUGGAAUUGGCCGAGCCACUGGUUAACAUCUUACCCGGUCUUGAAUCAACUACCGUCUAUUAAUCUUUCAGAAGGGGUUAGGGACGUUGUUUUGUGGAAAGACAUUAAUGAGCGCCUGGUCCCGUUCAGUUCCUCUGACGCGUGGGAGUGCAUUCGUUCUCGUGGCACUCAGGUGAGCUGGUACAAUCUGGUCUGGUUCUCGCAAUGUAUUCCAAGACACGCUUUUGUUCUAUGGCUCGUCUUCAGAAGAAAGUUAGUCACACAAGACAGAAUAAGGCAAUGGAACAUUGAUAACAAGGAUUGCAUGAACUUAAUGUGCUGUUUGCUUUGUCACAAUAACAUCGACUCGCAUCAUCAUCUUUUCUUUGAAUGCAAGUAUGCGACAGAGGUUUGGAAUUGUGUUAACGAGAAUUCAGCCAUGAAGGCCGUGGGUUCUAAUUGGGAUGAGAUUGUUAGCUGGUUACUUCCUCGGGCUCGAUCGAGAUCCAUAGCCACCAUUAUUGGCAAGCUUUUGGUUGCGGCUACAACUUAUUUUAUCUGGCGGGAAAGGAACUCCAGGUUUUUCAACAAUCAAUUGCGGCCUCCAGAAAAAUUGGCUGAUCACAUCAUCAGCAACGUUCGACUUAAGCUCAAAUCACUAAAGUUCAAGGACACAAUACAUGUGCGACAGGUCUUACAAGAGUGGGAGAUUAGCUUUGAGGACACUUAG